CAGCCUACCUCGCUGGGCGGCGCCGGCGGGAGGCGGCCGCAGCGCUGGGUCGUCGCGGCGGCGGCGCUGGGCUGGGCUGGGCUGGGCUGGGCCGGCGGCGGCGGCGGCGGGAGCGGCGGCCCGGCGCGAUCCCCCGGCCCCGGGGUGAGCAUGGUGCCCUAGUGCUGGGGCUAUGUCGGAGGCGGCCCGGAGCCUCCUGCAGCGCUGGGGCGCCAGCUUCAGGAAGGGCACCGACUUCGACUCCUGGGGGCAGCUGGUGGAGGCCAUCGACGAGUACCAGAUAUUAGCAAGACAUCUACAAAAAGAGGCCCAGUCUCAACACAACAACUCAGAGUUCACAGAAGAUCAAAAGAAAACCAUAGCUAAAAUUGCAACAUGCUUGGAACUGAGAAGUGCAGCUUUACAGUCCACACAAUCGCAGGAUGAAUUUAAGCUUGAGGAUCUGAAGAAGUUGGAACCAAUCUUAAAGAAUAUCCUCACUUAUAAUAAAGAGUUCCCCUUUGAUGUUCAGCCUGUCCCACUCAGGAAGAUUUUAGCACCUGGAGAAGAGGAACACUUGGAAUUUGAGGAGGAUGAUGAGGAAGGAGGAGCUGGAGCGGGGUCUCCAGACUCUUUUCCUGCUAGAGUUCCAGGAGCCAAUGAAGGUACUUUAUUACCCAGAUUGCCAUCUGAACCCGGGAUGACAUUACUCACCAUCAACAUAGAGAAAAUUGGUCUGAAAGAUGCUGGGCAGUGCAUUGAUCCUUACAUCACAGUCAGUGUAAAGGAUUUGAAUGGGAUAGAUCUGACUCCUGUGCAAGAUACUCCUGUGGCUCUGAGGAAAGAGGACACGUAUGUCCAUUUUAAUGUGGACAUUGAGAUCCAGAAACAUGUUGAAAAACUAACAAAAGGUGCAGCUAUUUUCUUUGAAUUCAAACACUACAAGCCUAAGAAGAGGUUUACUAGCACCAAGUGCUUUGCUUUCAUGGAGAUGGAUGAAAUUAAACCUGGGGCAAUUGUUAUAGAACUGUACAAAAAACCCACUGACUUUAAAAGGAAGAAAUUGCAACUGUUGACCAAGAAACCACUUUACCUUCACCUCCAUCAAACAUUGCACAAGGAAUGACCCUAUUUGUGAGACUUCUGUGAACUAAACCACAAGUCAUGGUAGCUGUGUGUAGUAGCCUUAGCCUUCAAGGGGCAGGAAAACGACUAUAUUCAUGCCAGUAGGUCAAGUGGGACCAUCACAUACUGCACAGCACUACUACAGGGUCAGAGGCAAGCCUACCAUUCAAGUGCAAGUGUUUUUUCAGUACCUUCCGGAUACAGGUUUUUCUGAGAGCCCUGAAAAAUUUUGACUGUUUUUCCUAAUUUUGCUGUUCAGAAUUUUUUACCUUAACCCUUAUUCUCCUUUGCCUCAAACUCCACUGAAGGAUGGAGACUGCCCCUUUGCCAAACCUGUAGCAAUAAAGAUGUGGCAGGCCUACUAACCUGGUUACACUUGCUGUGCUAUUGUAGUUCCUCUCAUCUGCAUUUCAGAGUCCUCUGUAAAGGGCUGGGUGGCAGAAAACCAGGAAAAAGACAAGGUGGGGUGGGAAGGAGCUUGAGCUAUCGCAAGUGAUGUAAAUUAAGGGCGAGGAGGAUGCUGGGUCAAGGCUGGGAGACAGGCUGGCCUCAGAAGAGCUCAUCAGUCAGCUGGUCUUCUUUGGCCAAGCUAGGAGGAGGAGACAACUGCAGAUGAGAAAAACAAACUAUGAUUUUAACAGCUGAAUCUUAGUUCUUAGUCUUGCCCAAUCCACUCUUACCAUGUUUUGGAUAAAAUAUAUAUUACGAACCUUUAAAUCACAGUUACUCCCAGGUAGAGUUAUUUUUUUUUCCCUAUAUCUUGUCACAGAGCAAUUUGCAAAGAUGGGUGGAGGAAGAAGAGAGGCUCUCUUUAGGGCCUCACACUCAUCUUGGGAGCGGGGGGGAUUUACCGUUUUGGUGAUAGCAGGACCGGCCCCUUAGUGUUCAACAGUGUCAAUUUUCCAGAGCUUUUAAUAAAGUAGAUCUGGCUAGCAGGUUGACCCACCUUUUACAUGAAACUGCUGUUUUUUAUGGAAACUGAUUGUAUGCAGUUUUCUGCAUAUUUUGUGCAAGUCUGGAAACUUACUCUAAAAUUACCUUUUUAUGUAAGUAGAUAGGAUUAUCCUUUAUUUUCUAUAUUAUUGAUUCAGUGUGUAAUAAGCUGCAGGACAUUGGCUUAUUAUAACACACUUUCACUCACUUUUUGACCUAAUAAAGGGACAGAAGUAGAACCCAGUCAAAUCUUUCAUAUAUUUGAGUGGAUAUUUAAUACAAUACUUUAAGGUUUGAUAUACUUCUUGCAUAUCUAACUAGUGCCUAAAUAUUCUGCUAUGCUAACAGAAGCCCCAGCACCCAAAACAGUAUCACAUGUUGUUAGGUUUUUUUUUUUUUUUUUUUUUUAAAACAGUCUGAAGGAAGAUGUAUUACUAAUUCUUCUUCUCUGUCAUGUAACAUUAGGAUGUUGCAGAAUGCUUUAAGAAAAAGGAUGUUACUUCUCCUUGUGACCUAUUUGUCUGUUCAUAAGAAGGUGUUCAGAAUUUUUUGUUUUACCAUAUUGAUUAGGAUGAAAAGCUCUUUCUGAGUGUCCUUAUCUUCUCUCUUUUCCUCUGUUCUGGCAUAAUUGAGGACAUAAACUUUUCUCACUCAGCACAGUUAUUUAACUGUUAUGACAAAGAACAGCAACAGUUACUCAAAUUCCAUUAGUGGUUGAAAAAAAAAAUAGAGAAGUACAAUUGUAUUUUCCUGUUUACAGGUCUUUGAAAGAUCCCCCCCCAGGGGUAUUAUAUCUGAUACUUCAGAAUAUCAAGUCCCAAGAUGCUAUCCUGAUGCAUUAUGGAAAUACCUCUGAUUGAGGCAUGCCAGAUACCAUACAAAAGGAUACAUACAGUCUUAAAAACAACACAAAAAAUAAACCAGCAACUUUAUCCUUCAAACUCUGUAAAAAGGCUGGGCAAAUCUGAUGGAGCAAAACAUUAGUUUAACUUCUACAGUUGCAAAUAAAUCUAAGUUAAGUCAAUAGCUGUAUUAAUUUGCCAACAGUGCUUUGCUGGCUUAGGCCUCUCGCUAACCUAAAAAUCUAUAGCACCAGGCUUUUGCGUGACGCAUCCAUCUUUUCUUGCUCAGCAAGUGAAUAUUCUGUGGCUCUGUCCGUGGUCCGACAUCCUACAGUUUCUUUUAGUGUCACUCAAUACCUGGUAAAAGCACUGAACUGAGUUGUGCAUUCUGCCUGUGACUAACAGCACGCUCGCCCUCUUCCUACUGCUCCCAGAGGAUGAAUCCUUCCAGCUGAAAGUUGUGUUAAUGCUAACUGCAGUGGGCAAGGGAAGAGACGUUAAAUAUCAUAAAGCUUUGGUUGGGGAAGAACAGUUGCUAAACCAGGAGAAUCCGACUUUCAAAUACAUAUGUUCAAUGUGUAUGUAAUCAGCCACUAUUCAAAUUGAACAUUUUCACUUGAAUUACAAACCCACCAUUUCAGCUACUUACCGUGACUCUUCCCUAGCUUGUAAUGUCUGUAUUAACUCCAGUUAUGACAUGUCAACUUUGAAGUAUUUUUGUUAAAUACACAGUAGAGCUUUGUAUUUAACUAAUUGUGAAUUAAUGUUUGUAGAGUGUGAAAUACCAUUUUUAAAGUUGCUUCUAUCCUUUGCAUUUUUUUCCUGCAAAUUGGCUUUCAUUGAAAGGACUACUACUCCACAAACCACAAGCUCCUACAUGUAUUGUUUUAUGCUUUAGUGAUGUUCUAUCUUGUCUUUCAUCUUAAAUCUAAAGCUUACUACUUGUACUGUAAGAAUGUAACACCUACAUGACAAGUUUAAUGGCUGCUUGUACUCUGGCAGUAAAGCUAUAAUGGCCUUUCA